GCGUGAGAAAAACGACGCGAAAUUUCAGUCAUUAAUCUACACCUUCUGCUUGCCGCGCUCUCUCUAGCCGCCAGUUGAAUGUGGCCGCGGGUGCAAGUAGAGGUCUAUGGGGCUACCAUUGACUGGGACUUAGAGCCCCCUGAACUCAUAGAGGGGGAUCUGGUCGAGCUCACGAUCCCCGGACGCAGCAUUCGAAACGCUGACGGCCAGUUUGCGUGGAGGUCCAUAAUCCUGUCCGAGGACAUGUGGCUUUGGACGUACAGAGAGCACCGGUCGAGACAAGAAUUAGGCGUAGUGAGAGCCUACUUGUAUUUGGGACCAGGUGCGGUUAGGGAGGCCGUGGUGGGCCUCGCGACGACAGGGACUAGUGACGCAGUUAGCAGGGCGUUACGCUACCUAGGGGAAGAGGUAGCGGCGUUCCGAGCGGAGGACGCGAGCGACCCGUUGACCCUAUUUCAUAGACGCCCUCCUCUUGAUAUCACGGGCGAACUGGUGGUAGCACGGGAUGGCUUUUUCCCGUACAGCGUUAGGAGCCUGCGGGCGAUAGUUCCGACGUUCGUAGUUGAGAGUGUCUUUGGAGGUAUUGGUGGAGUGGUCGAGACAUACCUGGCCUAUCAGGAUCUCAAGAUCCUGGCGAGAAGGCCUGCCGACCUAGACUACAUCUAUUAUUCGCUCGCGACUGGUGGGCCUCGUUGGGGAGACGAGAGGGUUCAGCUUAUAGAGCUGAUCCGCUCGAUAGACGACGAGUGGCCCCAGUCUCCGUGCAUUUGGGAUUGGCUGGACCGUGAGCUCCGAGCAGGCCCCGAGUACGUGACCUGCAUCGGGCGGCUCUUCUCAGACGACUGGGGGAGCUGGUGGAGUGAGGACGCCGGGCGACCUCUGAUAUACGGCCAUCAGUUGACGGAAUACUACCAGGCCAUAGGACAGGCGCCAUACCGCGUCGAGGACGAGUUUGACGACGAGGGUGGGAGCGAGAAGAUGACGAGGAGUGGGAGCCAGACUGGGUCGACCCAGAGAGUGAGGUUGACGAGGAGAAGAUUGAUGUUAUAGACGCCUAUUUUCCCAGGAUAUGAGUAGCGGUCUGGGCGUAGGAGGUAGAGGAGCGCACCAGGGCGACGGUUGAGUGAGCCUGGCUACUGAACCUAUUCGACCAUACUGGACCUGAGUGCGAGAGUUGUCUAAAGGGUUAGCAACGUCGGAAGAUGGGGUGCAUCGGAGGGAGUAGAGUGAAGUUGACCGAGAGUAGGAGAAGAAAUGAGGAGUGAUUCAGCGGCCUGCUUAGCUUAUGUUCUCACGCGA